CCAAACAUGUACCAAGCUGUUUUGCAACACUGCCAUCUACAGGCUCACUUGUGUCGCUGCUAAUACAUGUAGAAGUUGUUUUUUCUUGUAUGCUCAGCCUUACCAGAUAAGUUUUUAGCGCCUUCUCUGUUUUAUCUCACAAAUGUGAAUAUCUAACAGGGAAGGAGCACACUUCCUUCUGCAGGCGGCGUUAUAUUCUUGGAAUUUAUCUUUCUGUUCUUUCCAAAAGUCUAUUUUCUCAAUGAGAGCACUCUCCAGCAAGACACUGAUUGUACAAGGCAGAUAGUCACCAGAUAAGGACAUAUUUGUUUUCUGGUUUAUCACGCAAAUAUAUAAAAAGAAGUGCAAAUGGCCUUGUCCCAGAAAAGCUAAAAGAUCAAAUAUCUUCCACUGAACCAUAUGUAAAAUGAGGAAACACCAGUCAAGUUUCACAAAUAUCCUGUGGAAUGAUGCUGAGGACAGUGAGAGUGAGUCAGCCAGUAGGACAGUCAUGGCUGCCUUCAAGUGACGGCCAUGACUGUCGUGUGAAUAGAUCUUCCUCUGUUCGCGAUAGAAAAAGAUCUACAGAAAUAAUAAUGCUAAAAAAAACACUCGUCAGAAAUGUUCUAGAAAAACACAAAUCAUUUUCUGAGUUUCAAAAGUUGAAAAUUUCUCAGACAUUUGGUAGAAGAAAACAAGGACAUUUCUGUUUGAAAAGUCGAAAGUUUUGCUUCAAAUUUUUUGACCUUAAUCUCAGAAAUUUUCUGGACAAAACAUUUAAUUGAAAAAUUUCAACUUUUCAAACUGAGAAUUUUUUUAAAGAAAAUUCAGAGAUCAAUCUGAAAAUGUCUGUUGUUAAGUAAAGUGUUACAAAAUUUGCAGUUGAAGGGUUUGCCUUUUUCUCCUUUUGUCAGAGUCACAACAAACUUGUCUAUGCUCUCUAGCUGUACAGAAAUGACUUGUAAAUGAUUGCAGUAAACUCGGAGACAAACCAGUGCCUACAACCCAUUUUCUUCAGCUACAUCACUGCUGCUCGCUUUCACGUAGGUGUAUUAUUCCUUAACUGUUUUAUAUUUUUAAAGCUGGAUGUUUCUGAAGCACAUCUGCACCCUUGUCAACUUUAUGCUGACAUGCACAAGGCAGGUUAUAUUUAAAUGUGUUUCUAGCUUCCUGUAAAAAAAUAAAAUAAAAUAAAAAAUCCAGAUAUUUUAAUUCAUUUUAAAUCAGAUCUGUGGAGUGGUAUCAUUAGAAUUACCUUUGUGUAGAUCCGAUUAUCAUGUUUCAGAAAAUAAAAGCACCUAGUUGAAAAAUCUAAAACAUUCCUAAAGUACAUAUUAAAUCUAAGAACUGAAAAAAAAAACAUGGAUGUUCCUAAAUGAAUGUUACGCUCUGCAAAUAUGGAUCAAGCAUUUCUUACACCUCACCAUGAAAACCCCUUGGCAGAUAUCAACCCUGACCCAUAGAGUUUGCGCAUCUUAAACCGCGUCUCUAUUUUAUUAUGAAAACCUGUUAAAGGAAGGCGGUUUGGUUUGUUGCUGCGUUUCAUUAUCAGCUUAAAGCUGCCAGUCUCGUUCUGUGUCAGGCGGUUCAUUCCUCUGACUGACAGCUCGCAGUCAUGAUGCUGUGGAGUUCAGCGUUGCUGGUUCUGCUCGGACCCUCUGGGCCUCUGUGGGCUCAGCGGCCGCCUACAGUGUUCGUCGAUCUGGACCUGAGUCCGGAACAGCGAUGGGAGCAUCUUCAGGAAGCUUUUAAUACAGAUUUAAUGAAAAAAGCUGCACAGAUCCUCAUUAGUUCACAGGUUCCAAACUGGCUGCAUAAGGCAACUAGUCCUAUUGUGAUGUCCCUGGAAAAACACAUUCCCCAGCCGUACGCUGGGGAAAUCCGUGGAAUAGCCAGCAUGAUGAAAAUGAACCUCGCUGAUGUCGUCAUCCUCAACUUUGCGUAUGAAUUUACUGCUUACUGCACAAGCAUCGUGGCUCAGGACGAGAACGGGAACAUCUACCACGGCAGGAAUUUUGAUUUUCCACAUUCAGUUCUGAGGAAUCUAACCAUGAAUGUUGUCUUCUUCAAAAACGGGGAGCCAGCGUACUUUGGAACGUCACUAGCCGGUUAUGUGGGGCUUUGGACCGGAAUGAGUCCAUACAAGUUCACUGUGUCUGGCAACCAGCGAGAAACGCAGGUUUGGUCAAACUGGUGGAAGAAUGUUGUGUCUGCCGUCUUUGUCCACAACUUCCCGGUCAGCUGGCUUGUUAGGGUGACCCUGGAGGAGGCCAAAGACUUUGAGGAUGCAGUCACACGUCUGUCCAAAACCCCCCUCAUCACCGGGGUGUACUACAUCGUGGGCGGGGUGCGAGCGGGAGAGGGGGUCGUCAUCACCAGAGACCAAAAGGGCCCCGCUGACAUCUGGCCCCUGGAGCCUUUAAAUGGAGGAUGGUACAGAGUGCAGACGAACUUUGACCACUGGCUUCCUCCUCCUAAAAGAGUCAAUCGAAGGGAUGUAGUCAGGAAAAAACUGGAUGCCGUGGGCCAAAAUCGCAUAUGUAUGGAUAAACUUUACCAGGUUCUGUCUCUGCCUCGUGUGUGCCUCAGAACUACAAUCUACACAACAAUCAUGAGUGCAGCAACCCCGCGGGAGUACACUGCAGUUCUCAGACAGAAGGGCUGCCCGAAGAAGACCAAGUGAAGUGACCAAAAAGGAGCAGGGAGUGAUGAGUGAAUGUUUGAAAAUAAAAUUAAUACAACUCUUACAGAGACAUCUGUCUUUAUCCUAAAAGACCAAUUAAAAAAAAAAAAAAAGUAAAAACAAUUAGUGAAUGUUGUGGUUUCUUUUUAUUUUUCCCCUUCGGCAUGAAUGUAAUGUUUGAUUUAAAAAAAAAUAAUAAUAAUAAUUGGU